UCUCUCUCUUUCACUUGCCUGCGUCCUGUUCUCGCGUUUCUCUUGUCUCUCUCUCUCUCCACAUCGAAGCUGCUGCUUCUUCUUCUUCUUCGCCAUGGAUCGCAAGAACGUCCUCUCCCUCGCGUUGCUCUGCCUCGUCGUCGCCGGCGUCGGAGGCCAGUCCCCCGCCGCCGCCCCCACCAAGUCCCCGCCGCCCCGGCCCCCGCCGCCUCCUCCCCGUCGCCGCCCCCGCCGCGCCCACGACGCCCGCCCCCGCCGCCUCGCCCCCGCCGCCUCCACCCCGCCGCCGCCGCCUCCGCUCCGGCCUCGACUCCCCUCCAAGGCCGCGGCGCCCGCUCCCGCCGUCGCCCCCGCGUCCCCGCCUCCGGCGACCUCCUCCCCCCCGGUCCCAGCGCCGGCGAGCUCCCCCCCGGUUCCGGCUCCCGCGAAGUCGCCUCCCUCGCCCGCGCCGGUGACUGCUCCGGAGAGCUCUCCCCCGGCUGCCGUAGAGGCUCCGGCGCCGGCGCCCAGCAAGAAGAAGUCGAAGAAGAGCGCGGCAGCUCCGUCGCCGUCGUUGCUCAGCCCACCUGCACCGCCUGCUGAGGCGCCUGGGGCGAGCCGGGAUGAGGCAUCGUCUCCUGGACCUUCAUUGAACGAUCAGAGUGGAGCAGAAGCCAUGAGAAGCGUGCAGAAGAUAGCCUCAGGCCUAGCAUUAGGAUGGGCUGUCCUCGGAUUGAUCCUCUAGAGAGAGAGAGAGAGAGAGAGAGAGAAACACGACUGAGAGAGAGAUUGUUGUCUGUUCAUUUGAAUUCAUUUAAUCUUUUUUUUAAUCCCUCGGGCCAUGUUAUCUUCAUCAUAUGACGGGCUGCAUCUGUUGUUCAUUGAUAUAUUCAAUUGUGUGCUUUACCCCCAGUGCAAAAACCAUGAUCUGUAUCUUGACUGGUGACGGUGGGAUUCGGGACUUUUUCAUUUGUAAUUCUUUUGUGGGGGAGCUUCUUGAGGGAAGCUGGCUCUGUCUAGCCUCAUUUGUUAUUCGGUCUAAAGAACUUUUUUAAGGGACCCCUCUUGGGUAGUAAUAAUUCUCUUUUUUACAGCUGUGUUAUGUUAUUAAAUUUGCUUGGGGAACUUUCUUAAGUCCUUAUUAUUUUAUUCCUA